UAACCACCACAGCCGCCGCCACCACGGUCUGGAUCGCCGCAUGAAUUGAUGCGGAGAUCAAAAGACGAGGGCAGAAACAGCGCGUGCAUCUCUCGGCACAUUUUUAGCUUCUUGUCCCCGUUCCCGCACCUGUCCGUCGUUCGCUUGCCCAGCUUCUCUACGCUCUUUACCUCUCCUUCCCCUCAAGGCCUUACCCUCGUAACACCCAAAACACAUACACAAUGCUCGGAAAGACUACUUUCGCUUCUGCUGCUGUUGCUGCUCUCCUCGCCGCCGCUCCUGCUGCCGCCCAGUCCAACUCUGGUCUGUCCAUUAUCUCCCCUGGACCCGAGGAUUGGUGGGUCGCUCAGUCGACCAACACUCUUGCGUGGACUUGCAACUCGUCCCCGUACGAGAACUUCACUAUCACGAUCGCGAACCCAAACGUUCCCAACUACCAGGUCCCCCAGCCGAUCAUCGCCGUUCAGUACAACUAUGACUGCUCCGAAUCGAUCACCCAGGAACAGUCCAACCGCCCUGCGGCUCCGGGAUAUGUUAUCGCCCUCGUGAACACCAUCAACUCGACCGAGGUCUACGCAAGCGCCACCUUCGAGAUCAAGGCCCUCGGCGCGGCUUACCCGACCUCGACGCCCUCCGCAACUCAGUCGGGUGGUGCGUCCGGCACUGGCUCUGGUUCGAACCCUUCCUCGACUGGCACAAACGGUGCCGCUGGCUUCUACAUUCCCUCCGCCUUCGGCAUCGCCUCGGCUCUUGCACUCUCUUGGAUCUUUGCUUGAGCUAGCCCUUCAUUUCCUGGGUGGGCUUGGCUGGAUAGCUCAAUGAUUUUCCUAUGAUACCUUUCCCGUUGGUCUCUUGUUCUGUGAAGGACUCCAUCAUAGACUUUUUCUUCGUUACCUUUUGUUCCAAGUUUUUCGAGAAAUGGUCUGGUUGAGUGGACCUUCGGACAUGUGGGGCUGACAGACUUGCCAAUUGUUGUUUGUUUAUAAUAUGCGCUAGUGACUCGAACUGUCGUACGAGUGGGUUGUGAUCGUUAAUUCAUUGCAUGUGCUUAUCGUCGUCUAGUUCCUCUGGUUUAAUCGUGAUGGACUGUUGAAUGUAUGCGCAUACACUCUAAGC